AUGUGCGGUAAUAAUACGUCAGUGCCGUUGCCUGCUAUUGUACCUGCCGCUCGGAAAGCCACUGCAGCGGUGAUAUUUCUUCAUGGCCUGGGUGACACUGGCCAUGGCUGGGCAGAGGCCUUUGCUGGGAUUCUGACACCAUAUGUGAAAUACAUGUGUACUCACGCUCCAAUCAGGCCUGUUACAUUAAACGUGGGCAUGUCCAUGCCCUCCUGGUUUGACAUCAUCAGAUUGCAAACAGAUGCAGAGGAAGACAAAGCUGGUAUUAAACAGGCUUCAGAGAAAAUGCUGCCUGUCUUCUCAAUUAAAACGCUGAUUGAUCAAGAAGUGAAGAAUGGAAUAACAUCCCACAGAAUUGUUCUUGGUGGGUUUUCUCAGGGUGGAGCGUUGUCUCUCUACACUGCUCUCACGGCCCAACAGAAGCUGGGGGGAGCGGUUGCUCUCAGCUGCUGGCUCCCUCUACAGCACACCUUCCCUCAGGCGUCGGCCAACUCUGCCAACAAGGAGAUGCAUGUCCUGCAGUGCCAUGGCGAGGCGGACCCUCUGGUGCCCAUAAUGUUUAGAUGUCUCACAAUGGAGAAACUGAAGACCCUCUGCAAUCCAUCCAACAUCACCUUUAAUACUGUUAAGGGAAUUUUGAACUCUUGCGUCCAACAGGAAAUUAUGGAUAUCAAGAAGUUUAUUGAAAAGCAGCUUCCUCCAAUCUAA